AUGAAGCUAUUCGGUUUCCCGGUGACCGGCCGCGACGAGUACCCCGUCGCGGCGCCACGAGACGAUGACACCAAAAGGUUUUUGUGCCAAUACUGUGACCGGGGAUUCUCCAAUUCUCAGGCAUUGGGCGGCCAUCAAAACGCGCACAAGAAAGAAAGGCAGAGACUGAGGACGGCCCAGUUUGAAAGUUGUCAGCGAAACCAACGGUUCAGAAUGGUUGUUCCGGUCAUCCAAUGUCAUGCAGCUCGAUCAAGACCAUUGGUUUGUUCGGAUGGACCCACAAGUACUAUCGCUGAUUCAUGUGGCUGCUGUGUAUAUACACCACAGACAUUGGGAAGGCUAUCUCCAAAAUCACCUCGUUGGGUCUAUGCAGGGCCACGUCAAGCAGCCCAGAUGGGCCCUCGUUAUGACAUGGGCCCUUCGCAGUCGCUUACGAGUGAUAAUGUGGAUGUUGAUCUCCAUCUCUAA